UGUUUGCUUUCACUUCCAGGUCAACGUGUAAUCUCUUCCGGCUGAAAAGUCGUAACCACUUCCGCUCAGCUCAGAAGCGGAAGAGGGCUGCAAUGGCGCCGGAGGUGUAUUUACUUUGGUUAUUGCCGUUGCUUCAGUCGCUGGCGGCGCUGGGAGCCGAGCUGUCGUCGGAGGCGUGCAGGGAGCUCGGCUUCUCCAGUAACCUGCUGUGCAGCUCGUGUGAUCUGCUGAGCGAGUUCAGCCUGACGCAGCUCGAGCCCUUCUGCAGGCAGUGCUGCCAGGAGGAGGCUCAGCUCGAGUCCAGGAAGCUCUACCCCGGAGCCAUCCUCGAGGUCUGCGGAUGAAAAUUGGGGAGGUUCCCUCAAGUCCAAGCUUUCGUCAGGAGCGACAAGCCGAAGAUGUUCAAGGGCCUUCAGAUUAAGUAUGUGCGAGGCUCGGAUCCUGUACUGAAGCUGCUGGACGAUAACGGGAACAUCGCUGAAGAACUCAGCAUCCUCAAGUGGAACACGGACAGCGUGGAGGAAUUCCUCGGGGAAAAACUCGACCGCAUUUAACACCUCUCAUCUCCUCACUUCUGUUUACACAGAUCAGAUCGAAACCGAUGGACCGUGUACAAGUUGUUUUAAUGUUCUAGUCAUCCAAACAAAGUUUAUAAUGAAAUCAUUUCAUCUUUUUUCACCUCGUUUAUUCAUUCACCUCUUCAGAUUUCGACUAGGCAUGUGCCAGUCUUACAUUUUAUCAUCGUAUCAUGAUUAAAUCCUAAUUAUGGCAUUCCUUCAGAACGGGACUCGAUCCCAGGCGUCCUUCUGGGCCUCUUGAUCAUCAGCCCUUUUCCAGCUGUUCAAUCUGAAACUGUAGUUUUGGGGUUUUUUGUUUUUUUUGUACUGUAUAUUUGUGUAUGGACGGAGAAUCCUGACGAUGCUGGGUCGGCGGUGCUUGUCGUUUUUCCCCGUACGCUAGCGCUCGUGUGGAGCUACACAUUAGUGAAGGCCUCACAGGAAACCAGCGAGUGGUGUGUGAGGCCUGAUGUGUGUGCCGUUCUCACAGCGCGCAGCGACGGAGAGAGACAUGAGCGCUCCCUCUGGUGUUUAAACUGAUCUCUGUUUAAUAAAGUUCUGUUUCGACACAA